AUGAUGGGUGACGACGUCAGCUUACAUUUCAAAUGCAAAGGUAUCUUGUACAGUUUAUUGGUGAAGACAUCAACGAACGAGAUAACACUAUUGAUGGUAAAAGCUUUGAUAUGCAAGAAGUUUGGGUGGGAUGAAAAAAUGGUGGAAUUGAAAUUGAGAUACAUUCCCCUGAUUGUGAGAUGCGACGAAUACACGACCGUAGCUUCUGAUGACGAUCUCAGGUGCUAUCUAAGUUCAGUUGAUCCCCAAGGCUGUAGAUGUAUGUUGCAUGUAGAGGUCACGGCUUCCUCAACACAGCCCACAGCGCAAGUAUCUAGAGCAGAGAAGGAAAGUUCUGUUGGUGUGAACUAUAAUGAUGAUGAAAUUGGAGGUAAUGCCGUGGCUCUAUAUGUAGGCAACAACGUCGAAGCAGAACAAGAAGAGGAGGCAGAACAAGAAGAGGAGGCAGAACAAGAAGAGGAGGAGAAUGCAGAGCAUGAAGAGGAAGGAGAAAAAGAAGCUCAGGAGAUGGAUGAGGAUGAUGUUACAGGCGAAUAUAGGCACAACGAAUAUGAUGAACCACCUGUUGUACUAGCUAGUCAGUAUACAGAGCCAUGGGAAGAUGGUUUGAAUGUCAGAUUACUUCAAGAGUUUCCAAAUAAGAAGGCAGUGCAGAGAAUGGUGGAUAAAGCUGCAUUUGAGAACUCUUUUGGUUUUGUGCUAGUGAAAUCAGAUAAGGAACGAUAUGUGGUGAAAUGUCAAGAUAAAAGGUGUGAGUGGAAAUUACGAGCUGCAAAGGUACUAAAUACACGGUUUUGUUUCUCAAUUAGAACGCACCACAAGAUGCAUACAUGCUCCCGGGCUAGUCAGAGUACAGUAAAGAAGAGGAAAGGCACUCCAGAUUUAGUUGCAUGUUUAUUGCAUGGAGAUUAUCCAGGAUCAAUGGAGACACCAAAUCCUGGAACUAUCCAGAAGCUUGUUCAGACCAGAUUUGGUGUGAAGAUAUCCUACUCCACGGCGUUGAGAGGGAAAAAUCGUCAUGCUUAUGAUCUGCGUGGUGAUCCAGGAGAGAGCUACAAGAAAUUGUAUUGUUAUUUGCAUAUGCUAGAGAAGGUGAACGAAGGGUUUCAAUGUAUGAGGAAGGUGAUAACUGUGGAUGCAACGCAUCUGAAGAAUGGGUAUCGUGGUGUGCUAGUCUUUGCUUCAGCUCAAGAUCCUAAUAGGCACAACUAUCCCCUGGCGUUUGGUGUACUUGAUAGUGAGAACAAUGAUAGCUGGAAUUGGUUUUUCGAGUUGCUGAAAUCUGUUAUACCAGACUCGUCCGAAUUGGUGUUUAUGACUGACAGAAAUGAGAGCCUCAUCAAUGCCGUAGCUUAUGUGUAUCCAAGGGCUCAUCAUGGGGAGAUGAGCAGGCAUUACACGGUGGCUGCGUUUGAGGCGGCUUACAGUUCAUUUGAAGCGAGAUUUCCUUCUGCAGCUGCGUAUCUAGUAAAGACUACGAACAAUAGGAAGGAAACUUGGGCAAGGGUUCAUUUUCCGGGAGUAAGGUACAACCUAGACACAAGCAACUGUGUGGAGUCUUUAAACAGUACUUUUAGGCCUGCAAGGAGAUACGCCUUGAUACCCAUGCUUGAUGCGAUUAUUGCACAAAUUUCUAAAUGGUUUAAUGAACAUCGGAAGGAGGCCGCUGCUGGAUCAGAAGCGCAUAAGUUGGUACCUCUGGUGGAAAACCUAAUGCACGAUAUGUGGAAGGAGGCUGAGAAAUUACAUGCGACGGAGUUAAACAGUUUCGAGCUUCUUUAUGAUGUAGUAGCUAAGAAAUCCGACGGCACCGCUGACCCAGAGAGUAAGAAUUACAGUGUGGACUUAAUCAGGAAAAGUUGCAGUUGCAGGGUGUUUGAUUUUGAGAAGAUUCCUUGUGUCCACGCACUAGCCGCUUUCAUGGAAUUCAACACCAGCAAUGUAGAUAGUUCUCGAUAUCCUAUGCAAUUGAUUGAGCUGGUCUCACAUUAUUACUUGAUCGAGGUGUGGCAAUUGGCGUAUUGGAGGACGAUUUUUCUCGUGCCUCAUGAAUCGGAAUGGAAGGUCCCUGAAGACGUGAAGGCAAAGAAAAUCAUACCGUUGCAACCUAUCCCGAAAAAGGGAAGAAAGAGAACGAAGAGACUUUUUGGUCCCGGAGAAUACCGGCGUCCAAGGACAGCAAACAAAAGGCGGAAAAGACAAGGAAUCGUGUGGGGGGACCUAGAGAAAGGUUCUCAGCCAAGUCCAGAUCCGGAAGUUGUGUAA